AUGCUGCUAGUAGAGCUGCUCCGCUGCCAGAUCCAGGAGUGGUACCCGGCAUUCCGCCGCCACACCGUCCCCACCGUCACCAUCCCCCUCCCCGCCGCCUUCCUCCGCUACCUCGCCGGCCAGCCCGCCCACCCCGUCCCCGACGCCCCUCACCAGGACGCGGAAGGGCCUCCCCCAUUCCUCCUCCCGUCGCUCGCCUCCGGCCGCACCCCCUUCCCGCCGCUCCACCUCCCGGACCCCGUCGACCACGACGACAGCUCCGACCUCUUCUCCGUCUGCGACGACGACGACGACGACGAGAGCCCGCCCCUCCCCGCCUUCCCCGAGCUGGAGGCCGCGGUCGACGCGGCCAUCGCCGAGCUCGGCGGCGCCGCGCUCCCCAAGCUCAACUGGAGCGCGCCCAAGGACGCCGCCUUCAUGUCCGCCGACGGCACCGUCCGCUGCACCUGCUUCGCCGAGGUCGCCAUGCUGCUCCGCUCCUCGGACUGCGUCGCGCACGACCUCUCCUCCGCGCGCCCGUCCUGCCAGGACUUCGUGUGCGCCAGGGAAGGUGUUCGACGGAAUGCCGGACAGGGCAGUGGUGCCAACCAGGCGGGUGCUCCAUCGAAUGGCGGAGGGAGCACCAGUGGUGCUGGUUCUCUGAGUGAUCCUCCCACUGAGGAUCGCAAUGAGGGAGGCAGGCAAGCUGCUGCCGACAGUGAUGCUUCGGAAGACGAUGUUGGACAAGAAAGCGGCGAUGAUAGUUGGGUGGACAAUGGGUUCCAGUACUACCUCGCCCUCCGCAAGUGGUACCCGGGCCUGCGCCCCGAGGCAGAGUUCCGAUGCUUCGUGCGGGGACGGAAGCUGGUCGGCGUGUCGCAGAGGGACACAUCUGCUUACUACCAAUCGUUGCCUGGGUGGAGUUCUGAGGUGCAGCCGAAGAUCGAGGAGUUCUUCGAAGAAGUUGUUGAGUCGCAGUUUGCUUCUCAGAAUUACACAUUUGAUGUGUAUGUCAGAGCAGAUGGCCGGGUGAAGCUGAUUGAUUUCAAUCCUUGGGGUGGCUAUACAUUGCCGCUUAUGUUUACAUGGGAGGAGCUUGAGGAUGAGAAGAGAGGAGAGGACAAGCUGGAGUUUAGAGUGGUAAUGGAGCAAGGUGCAGUGAGGCCAGGAUUAAUGACAGCAGUGCCGUAUGAUAUGAUGGAUUGGGGAGAAGGGAACGGCUGGGAUGUUUUUCUGAAGAAGGCUGACAAUGAACUGAAUAGACAGAUGGCCUCAUUAGCUAUGGAUUCGUAA